AAAUAAACUAAAACAAAUUAAGGAGCCGUUGCAGAGGUAAUUGCUCAAGCUACAGCUACUAUCAUAUGUCAUUUCAGACUGUGACAGGUGUCGUAUUAACUGGUCUUCUUGGUCUACUACGGUAAUUUAAUGCAGGAAAAAUGCCCCAGGAUGAUCAAGUUUACUUGAAUGUUGUGAAGCAGGAUAUUGUGAAAUAUGAUAUGGCAGUCAAAAGUCUCAUACAGGAGAUACGAGAACACGAUGGUACUCAGGUAGAGUUGGAUGAGCUUGGAGCCUUAGUGCGUUCACGGAUUACUCAAUUGAGAGAGCAGAUUGAAGAACUCAGGCGUCUUGCUAUGGAACAGGAUAAUGACUCUGAUCGAUGUUUGUUAAAUGAAGAAGUAAGCAAGAGUGACAAAAUGCUGCAGGACAACCAUAAAGCCUUCCGAAAUGCAGUUUUAGCGUCACAGCUUGCCAUCAACCAGAAAAGUAAAGAUGAACUGCUCUCUGACAGUCCUUCUGCUGCAGAAGGAGAAACUGGAGUUCGACAUAGGGAACGAAUGAACAGGCAAGCAAUGUUGAAGAAGUCUUCUCAGCUAACAGAUGACCUCCUGGCUGUUACUCGGCUAAUAAGAGACAACACUGAGAAAAGUACUAAGACUCUAGACAGAUUAGUUGAAGGGUCACAGACUGUUGGUUCAACACAGGAAGAACUGAAAACUAUGGGCUCUGUCAUAGCUCAGGCUCGCAAGAUUUUGAAUAAGUAUGGGCGAAGAGAAAACACUGACAAAUUACUCAUUUUUCUUGGUUUAGUAUUUUUUUUAGCUUCUUGUCUUGUUGUUUUAAGAAACAGAUUUAUUUUUUAGAAAUCCAUAAUAUAGUAGCAGGAUACUUAAACUACAGCCAACUAUAUACAAUAUUUCCAAAUUGUGAAUUUUGUUUUGACUAUAAAAGUACAAUACAUACAUAUAUUAACUUUACAAGUUUGGUUCUGUAAUUCCGAACAGUUUUAACUAUACAAAUAAAAAUUUCCAUGCAAACUAUUUGUACAAAGAGUAAAGGAAAUAAUGCACGAAAAGUAAAGCCUAAUUUCUUUUACAUUUCUAUAAUAAAAUCUAAGUUGAAAGUCUGUGAAGGUGUCCUUAAAAUAAAACUGGUUUAGUA